AUGGAUAUCCGCGUCCUCCGCCCCUCGGACAUUCCGCACGUGCAGCUCGCCAACAUUACCAAUCUGCCCGAGAACUACUUUUGCAAGUACUAUCUCUAUCAUGCUAUGAGUUGGCCGCAGCUGAGCUAUGUGGCUGUGGAUGUCUCCCGCCCGCCAAAGACACCCUACGACCCUCCCAAAAUCGUAGGCUACGUGCUGGCUAAGAUGGAAGAAGACCCGGCCGACGGCAUCCCGCACGGCCACAUCACCUCGUUGUCUGUGAUGCGAACGCACCGCCGCCUUGGUCUCGCAGAGAAGUUGAUGCGUCAGAGUCAACGCGCAAUGGCCGAGACCUUCGACGCGCAAUACGUCUCCCUACACGUGCGCAUGUCCAACAUCGCAGCCCUAAACCUGUACAAGGAAACCCUCGGCUUCAGCGUCGACAAGGUCGAAGCAAAGUACUACGCCGACGGCGAGGACGCGUACAGCAUGCGCAUGGACCUGUCCAAGAUCCCGCGCGACGUUGACGAGGAGCAUAGCGCAGGCAAAGACGAGGGCGAGGCGGUUGGGAGCGAGAGGCUGCAGAAGGUGGCGAUUGGGAGGCAGAGGGGCGUUGCGGAUCUGGUUGAGGUGGUUGAGAAGCGUGAGGUGGCUGCUGCGUGA